AAUGUUUUGUUGCGAUUAAAGUGCCUAAAUGUUUUGAUGGUUGUUUUAUUAGAAUAAGUGUUAGUGAAUAAGUGCUUUCGAGAUGUCGAAGAACAAAAUUGCGGCUAGGAUUGAUAGCCAAAAUGUUGAAGUCAAAACUAAGUUUGACGCAGAAUUCCGUCGUUUCUCCCUAAACCGUACAGAGAAACUGAAAUAUGAAGACUUCAAGGCAUUAAUAGAGAAACUGCACAGACUGCAUGAUGUGGCCUUCCUUAUAUCAUAUACAGACCCCCGGGAUGGAGAUUUGUUGCCAAUCAACAAUGAUGACAAUUUGGCCAGAGCGCUGCUCACUGCCAGACCACUGCUUAGGGUCAUCAUACAGAGAAAGGGCGACAGUCUCGAAGAGCUCAAUGGCUACGGCACUAUGCGGCCGCGCAACAUUAUUUCAUCGAUCCUGAGCGGCACGCCCGCCAAGAAUAAAGGCCUCGCCAUUUCCAACCCACAUGACUUCCGUAUGGUGUCAGCAAUCAUAGACGUAGAUAUAGUACCUGAGACGUGUAGAAGAGUCAAGCUACUCAAGCACGGCUCUGACAGACCACUAGGAUUUUUCAUUAGAGACGGCACAUCAGUUCGAGUAACUCCGAACGGCGUCGAACGUUCCCCUGGCAUCUUCAUAUCACGACUGGUGCCAGGCGGGCUUGCGGAGUCCACAGGCCUUCUAGGAGUCAAUGAUGAGGUGCUGGAAGUCAACGGCAUCGAUGUCUCCAAUAAAACUCUCGAUCAGGUGACGGACAUGAUGGUGGCGAAUUCGUCCAACCUGAUAAUCACAGUACGUCCGGCCAAUCAGCGCGCGCCACCCCCCGAAACGCCGCGCGCCUCCACCGCCACCGACCCCCCGCACAGCGAGCCUGAUGAGGACAGGUUCGAUCAAGACGAACAGGACGAAAUAGUGGAUUUAACAGCAGUUACACUUGAGGACCAACCGGAACAGAGCUUCACUGUGCCCGUGAAGGACGAUGGGCAAGUUCUGCACCUCUAGUACAUACUUGCUCGGUACAGGAAGGCCAGAGGUGAUACAGACUAUACUGAACAAUAUAACCUAGAUAAACGGAAGAAAUAGGGCCUUAAAUGUUAAGCUGAAGGCAACAAUAGUUUUUUAAAUGUAUCAGUAUAAAAUAGGUUAAGGAAAAAUGAGUCCGACAUUUAUAUACGGUACCCUAAAUGCAGCGUCAAAGUGAUCAAGUGUCAAGUCAAUUUAACGGGAAAGACAACCUGGUGACAUUGAUGUUCUGUGUUACUGGUUCAAUGUUGCUGUUUAAAAACCUGAAGUGUUUUCUACCUUUCUCGGUUAACAGUCAAAAAGGCUUUUA